AUGGAGCCUUGCGAACAAUCAGACCCAACGUUGGAAUGCUCGCCCCACUCAGAAGUCAACGGGCUUUUCCCAUACAGCGAAAAGGUCAUAUUCCAAGACUCAUAUUUCUUCCAGAAACCUCAUGCGCCAACAUCUCUGCCGUCUCCAGCUGAGGUAAGAGAAAAUCAAUCAAUGGACCCCCACGCACGUAAUAUAAGGCGACCGCGACCUGUGCGUUUCCCUAGCAUGGGUCUGUUAGUAAAAUACGGAACAGAGAUAACAAUUGCUGAGGCACAGUGCCUCUUGUUUAUACGUAGAACGCUUCAGACAGUUCCUGUUCCCGAGGUGUAUGGAUGGUGUAAAGAUGAUAAUCAGGUAUUCAUUUAUAUGGAGUUGAUGGAUGGCAAUACACUAGAGAAGAGCUGGGAGAUAAUGGUUGAAGAUGACAGGUUGGCGAUAUGUCAGCAAUUACGACAUAUGAUAGAUGCAUGGCGCAGUCUCGAGAACAGUUAUGAUCCUCCUUUCAUUGGACAUGUUGGCAAACAGCCACUAUUAGACAUAAUCUUUACAGACACCUGCUCUCAAACCGCUGGUCCCUUCUCCAGCGUCACCGAGUUCCACAACUGGUUUACUUCAACAUUUGGCCCAAAUAGGGAUAUGGAUGUUGAGGACAUAUCAACACAUCCGUACCGCUCCUUUAUCCCAGACGACUUUCCUAUUGUGUUUACACAUGGGGACCUACACCCUAGCAACAUCAUAGUUUCUUUAGGGCCUAAUCCUCGUGUUGUUGCGAUUGUUGAUUGGCAUCAAUCGGGGUGGUACCCAUCAUACUGGGAAUACUGCAAGGCUAGGUGGACGUCAUGGAUUGGCAAAGAAUGGGAGGCCAACUACUUGCCCCUUCUCCUAGACCGUCACGACUGUUAUGAUUACUGGGACUAUUUUGUCCUGGCUCGUGGGGCAUGA